AAAAUAUUCUUAAUUGGUUCAUCAUUAUUUAUCAUGUAGAGAUAGUUAAGAAACAAACAAGUAGGUAUAGUCACAAAAGUUGCUAUAGCUGUGCAUACUAUCUUAUUAUUUUUAUUAGUAGUGUCAGUAUGUUUGAAAUUAAGUCAAGAAUUUUUAAUUUCAAUAUUAGUGGCACAAGGUUUAUGGUAAUAGCUUAUAAUCGAGACUCUUCAUUUAAGAUUGAAUAGAUUUAAUUAUUUAGAAGAGUAAGAAUAAAUUAGAAAGAGAUUUGGACUUACAACUUAAAAAAACAAAGAAUCCUCUUUGUGGUAGCAUUUUCAAUAUUCUCUAGGUAUUAUAGAAGAAAACUUUUAUUACCAUCAGCUGUUUUGACUCUUUUUUUCUUUACAGAUUAAUCAUUAGAAGAUUUGUAAUAUUGUUUUAUUUCUGUGCAUGGACUUCUAUAAAUUUAUCAAGGUUCUAAUAUUCUAGUAAUUGGAAUUAAAUAACAUAUUGAAAAGAAUAAAGAUUAUUAUAAUGAUUUAGAAAGUGAAGGACUUAUAAUGAAAAGGAAUAUGAUGUUAAAAAGAUCAGAAGUAAGAGCAUAAAAGUGGAAGACAUUAAUAAAUCUGCUUAAGAAGUUUUAUAUUGCAAUAAUUACAAUAUAUUUCUUUUUUAGUAUCUUUUAUGAAUUCUAUGCCAUCUUUUUAAAAUUACCACCUUUUGAUUUACUUUCAUUUGCCUAUAAUCAUUAUCAAAUUCAAGUUUCAAUAUAUGCAUUAGUAAUAUGUUAAUUAUAAAUACUUUUUUUAAUACUUUAUAUUGGCAAUACAAUCAUUUAAAAGAAAGUUAAUAGAGUUAAACGACUCUAUGAACAUGUAAUGAAGGAAUAAGAAAAGUUGUAAGUAGAAGGAGGAAAAUAUUUAAGUGUUAUGAUCUACUUAUCACUUACUAUUAUUAUAUUUUUAUACUAUAAUAGUAUGUCAGGAAGCAUUGUAACUAAAUUAAUGAAUAUGAGAAUAAAUUAGUUUGGAUUGAUUGCAAUAUUAAUCAACGCGUUUAGAAAUUAUAUUGAAAGAAUUCAUAAAUCAUAUUAAUAUUGA